AUGGCGGAAGAGUCGUCGCCCGCGAAGGGCAAAGGCAAGCGGCCCGCGGAGGACAUGGACGUCGAUGCCUCAGCUACAAGCACCACCCCACAAACCCCACCUUCCACGACGCCUCAGGUCAUCCGCCGGCACUGGCACCGGCGCCGCAACGUCGCAGCAACCGUCUGGGGCCCCUCCUUGCCCGGCCAAGCUUCCUCCAAACAGCCCCAACGCUUCAACCUCUACAAAGCCAUCCUCCGCCACCCAAACCUCUUCUUCCAGUUCGCAAUACGGCUGCCCAUCACCACAAUAAUCGACCUCUACGCCAUAGACAAGGAAUUCCACUAUCGUUUCAACAAGUACAGCACGUCCAUCGUGUCCGACUACACGUCGUAUCAUGCGCCGCAUGCCGCGUUUAUCUUCUCAUGGAUCAUGUUCCCCGAGCUGUGUAUCAGCGACCCGCUGCUCAAGCCGAUGGAUGGAAGACCGCAUCUUGCGAGGGAUAUCCCGAGUCUGAGGUGGGCGAAGAUGGUGCUUUAUAGAGACAACGUAGUCCGAGGUAUCCUGACAUGCCUCGCGCUGGAGGGUCUCCGUGUACCGCGAGAGACGCAUACGACACUCAUCAAGUACUGGCUGCUCAUGGAGAUACGAACGACCGCUAUGCGGCAAGCCUUCCUCUCCGACAGCAAAAUCUGGACUGACACGGAUAUCAUCUUCUUCCAGCUCUUCCUCGUGAAGCUCGACAUGCUCUUCCAGGACCCGGUUCUCGGGAGUGGCAUGUGCGAGCUCUCGCAUCUGCUCCUGACGCAGAAGUCGCUCAGCUUGCUCUACAAUAUCCUCAAGGGGAAGACGGUCCUAGACUACGACGACCUGACCGACAUGCUCAUCCGCACAUACCUCAUGGACGAUUUAGACACGGACACGCACACCUGGCUCGACGACGAGGUGGAAAACGGUGUCCCCGAGGAGUCCUGGGGUCUCAUGUGCCGGGAGCAGUGGUGUACAGACGGGGCAAGGAUGGAACCUGCCGUCGAUAUGGUCACCAUGGAGGGCAUCAAGAGAGGUCUGCAUGUCCACAAGUGGCUGCUGGAUUUCAUGCUAUACGGGUUUAUGGACGACGAGACGGAAGAGAAUUUGCCGUGUCCGAGGAAGUGGAGAGCGGAUAAGAAGGUGGUGGUGCCGAGCGAGGGAUGGCCGGCAGAGAGUCUGAGGAAGCAGGUCAUUGAGACGUUAGACGACAGGUUUGAUGUCGGGAGCGAGCCGGAGGGUGGAAGCGGAGAUGGAGUAGAUCGUGCGGUCUUGGGUUUGGAUGCAGAUGUUAUGGAUAUUGAGGGCUACUGA